ACAUGGUCGAGCUGAUGUUGUGCAGUCCGUGCUCCGCCGGUACCGCUGGGCCGGAGGCCACAAAGGACUGAAAAUAAAAAUGGCGGGAAGGAGAAGCCUACUUUUGGAAGCUUUGGAUAGAUCUACAGCUCAAAGUGAUUGUGGCUUUAAAAGUAAGUGGAGCUGUGAAGAGGUAAAGAAAGAAGACUCUGCUGUGAAUACAGAAAAGAAUGAAACCAAUCUGUUGAGUACUGAUGUUGAAGAGAUGGAAACUGAAGAACUAAAGACCAAAACUCCCUUUUCAUCAGAAUCAGUUAACAGUACUGGUUUCUUGAAAAACUAUACAAGAAGAAAUCAAGGCAGUGGUUUUUCUAAAACUUUGAAAGGAAAUGCAACUGGACUCAACAUGCUGGGGUCUGGCAAGAAACCAAGUGAAACUGUGACCUCCCACCUUGUAUCAAACAAGGAGAUUGAAAAAAAUCGGAACAAAUACUUCGUAAUUAGUGGUCCUUCACCUCCAGGAAUUGUGGUCCGUGGAAGGCGAUUUCAUCAUGCCAAUGCACAAUCAGUUGUAAAAACAGCAGCACAAAGCAAUCUUGGCUUAUCUGAUGAGGGAAAAGAAUAUCCAGCUGAUGUUCAAAGGAUUCCAGUGGACAGUAUUAUUUUAAUGGAGUCUGAUAGGAAAGAUGUAGGCUCUCCAGAAUUAGAAGAACAGAUGUAUUCUGUACCAAAUAUUAAAAGACAUGUUUCGACAAAGCGACUGAAAGAAGGCUUAACGGCAGCAUUAACAGGAUCAACAGCUGUUGAAGCUUCUGCUGCGCAAAAUCCGACACAUACAGAGGGGCAGACACUCGAUGAAUUCUUCAGUAUAUGUAAAAAUUGUGGGAGAAAAAGUGAAGACCAUACAAAAUGUGAACAUUGUAGAAAGCCAAUACCUAAGGAUGCAAUAAGACGACCCAAGCAAGUUUCUGAUUCCGCCUAUGUUGGGACACCUCAGCCACGUCCAUCGAUUCAUGCAUGUACCCCAACACAAGCUGAGGGCAACAUGGGUGUCAGUGCCAAGACAUUUUACAACAAACCUUCUCUCGAUAUAAUAUUGACUACAGUACCCACUACUAAACUAUAUUCUACCAGGAGCAACUUCUUACAAACUAAUGGCAGUAUAGGGUUAAUGGGGCGUACAGUUGUAUAUGGAGCUGGACGGAUGGACUCCAAGAAGCCGGCACUGAAUGAUCCCAUUGUGCUGUCCAGUGAUGAUGAAGAGGAAGAAGAUGAUAAUGCCAGUACCGGAAGUAGUAGAAUGGACAGUGUUCAUUCUACUGGUAGAGUUACUGACACUGCAAGUCUUUCUCCUGUACCCUCUACUAGACCCUUAGAGCCUGUCUUAGAAGAGCCUCCUGAUGGAAAAGCAGCAGAACAGAUUUCUGAAAACGUACUCACAGAAGUGGAAUCGACAGCUACGUUGCCAAGAAAGGCAAAAAUGAAAGACAAGUUUGGAAAUUCAUACCAUGACACAGUGGGCAAAAAACGAAAAUUUGAAUCUACUCAGACACACAAGGAUGCUCUUAGUUUGCAAGUGGAAAAUAGCUGUGAAAGUAUUAUUCUCAAGUGUCGAAGUAUACGAAUAGGAAGCUUUCGCACAACAGUAUUGGAACCUGUCAUUUUCAGCCUCGACUUCAUCAAGGUCAGCAUGGGAGUACCGAAAGAGUCGUCCCAGGAGGUAGUUUUCAAAGCGUCAGAAUUCACUAUGUGUGAAUGGUGUGGUUCACGUGUACUACCAGUACUUUUUCUGCAAAUGACACCUGCUGCUUGCCACAAUAUACGAUCAUCUCUCAAAAUGAGCAAAGAGAAAAGCUGGUUUGAUUCUCAAGGGACCACUACUGAUGAACGGUACAUAGUUCUAAUUUUUGAAGCUCUUCCGGAUCCUCAAGCAGCUGAUAUUUUGGAAAGGAUUUUAAUUGAAAUUGGCAAAAGGAACAGUAUACUCAACUUCUUUGCCAACAUUUCUUUUUCUGAAGCAAAUAGCAGGCUUCUUAUUUUCACACAGAACCAAGAGGAACACCAUGCAGGAAAUCUACUGGUUAAAGACAGCGGGGCUUUUUCCAAAUAUUGUUUGAGAAACGCCAGCCUUUCAACUGAUGAUGGUCCGGGAGCAUCCCAUACUUCCUUUACGGGUCCCAUUGAAAAGCUGAUAGUUUACCCACCUCCUCCAUCCAAGGGCGGCAUAUCUGUGACUAAUGAAGAUCUCUAUUGUCUGAAAGAGGGAGAAUUCUUGAAUGAUGUUAUCAUAGAUUUCUAUUUAAAGUAUUUAGUUCUUGAAAAGAUCAAGCAGCAAGAUGCAGAUAGAGUACAUGUUUUCAGCUCCUUUUUUUACAAACGACUGAAUCAACGAGAACGACGGAACAUUCCAGAAUCUGCCAAUUUAUCGUUACCACAACGACGUCAUGCCAGAGUGAAAACAUGGACAAGACACGUGGAUAUUUUUCAAAAGGAUUUUAUUUUUGUUCCUAUUAAUGAAACGGCUCAUUGGUUUUUGGCUGUGAUUUGUUUUCCUGGCCUUUGCACUGAACCAAAUUCUAAGUCACAGGAAAAUGAAGGAAUGCAAAUCAACAACUCCAUACUAGAGGAAAGCAACAGUAACUGGCCAUCAUUGCCAGGGGAGACUGAUGGUUUAGUAGACAACUUGACUGCAGCAAAUGUGCUGAGAAAAUCCCCUGACACCACAGACAAAAUCCCUGAACUUAGUGCUGGCAAUAUCUGUGAAUGUGUGGAAUUUGAUAAACUACAUACAAGAAGAUGUUUGUUAGCAACUAAUAAAUUCCUGAGUAAUGUAAAUCAACUGGAUACUGAAUCAGAAGAUGACCAAAACUCAAACCAGAAGACACAAAAUGUUGCGGAAGGUAAACAGCUAGAUGCUUUAAGGCAAAUCCAAGUCAGUUAUGCUGAUGAUGAUGAUUCCUUUGACUUUUUGCCAGAUCAGGAGUAUAGUCAGGAGGAUAGCAAUGAAGCUGGGAGCAUGACAGAGGAGAGCUCAGCAGAAAGCGUACCAUGGGGCCAGCAACCUUCAAAACAGCCUUGCAUUCUCAUCAUGGAUUCUUUACGUGGACCAAGUCGUACAAAUGUGGUUAAGAUCCUGCGAGAAUACCUUGAAGUAGAGUGGGAAAUGAGAAAAGAAAGCAAAAAGGCGUUCACCAAAGAUGUGAUAAAGGGCUCCAACCCUCGUGUUCCUCAGCAAGACAACUUCAGUGAUUGCGGUAUAUACAUCUUGCAGUACGUCGAAAGUUUCUUUGAGAAUCCAAUUCCGAGUUUUGAACUGCCUAUGAAUUUGAUGGAAUGGUUUCCUCAGCAACAAGUUAAAAAGAAACGAGAAGAAAUCCGCAAUGUAAUUCUCAAACUCUGUGAGACACAAAGCAAAGGAAAGAAAGGUCAGGAACUCAGAGCAACAGAGGCACCUUCAUGAGCAAUGCCUGGUCAACAUAGACUCUGACGAAAGAUGCCAUUUUCAAAUACUGGAUGUUGUUGCACUAACACAGAAAUGACUUGGAUUUGUUCAAGUGUUGGCUUCCAUAGAAGAAUGAUUUUUUUUGUGUGCGUUUGAUCUUGUGGAACAUUUUGAUGCACACGUCUUCAUUUUACAGACACCCAAAUGAAUGUUAAUGUGCUGUUAUAAAUAUAACAAACUGUACAUAUGUUCAUAAACUGAAUUUACUGCAUUUGUGAUCAGUUUCACUGUUUGGGUUAGUAAGCAUUUUGGUAUGUACUUUUGUUAAAGGUAGUUUGAUAGCUACUUACAAGUAUAAUUAAAAGUUAUUGUAGCAUUAAAUGGACCGGGCAAAUUUAUUAUUUUUUUGCCGAGUUUCUCUAUACAUUUUCCCUGACCGCCCUGCUCGCAUGAAUGAAUUCACUCCUUGCUUGAACAUGGUUCCAAGGUGUCCUUCAGUACAUAGUCAAAGUUGCCUUUAAGCCCUUGAUAUUAUAUUGGCAGCUUUGCUCACCUGUGGAGAAUCCAAUCCUGCUCUUGGCAGAUGUCUGUCUGUGCAUACUUCUAACAUGGAUUAUUAAAGAACAAGGAUCUGAGCUUAUUUCUCAACUUUAACCCGAGGAUACCAAGGCUAAUUUGUUUCCUAGCUUGCGAUCAACUAAUUUGAAAACUGGAUAACUAAUUUUGCUGAACUGCAGGCACAAUGAAUAAAUUUGAGUCAGUUUUUUAAAUGGGAAUGCAUGUUGUAUGUCAGCAGCCAUCUGUGAGAACACUGAACAUGGUUGUACAUAGUGUUCUUCUAAUUGCUGGACAAUAUCAACCAGGAUGUUUUUGGGUUUUAGAAUUGAGACUCCUGUGUAAGUGAAGCCUAUUUAAAUAGGUACUUGAUUGUAUUUCACCUGGAACCAGGUGUUUUCCAGAAGGGAAUUGGAGAAGAGAAAUUUGUUAUAUGAGGAAUACGAUACAUAAAUAAAGCAAGCAAGUGCCUUCAAAAAAUUCUUUUGGGUAAUUAGUAUACAUUUAUACAUCUCGGCAUGUAAUGGUUAUUUAUUUGCAAUCAAGUCAGAUGAUACUUUCUGUUUACCCUAUUAAGUGUUGGGUGAUGAAAGACUGACAAACCCCAAAGUAAAAGGCUCCAUGAAAUUGAUUGUAAUCGAACUAAGACUAUCACUGAAAUUAAGUCUAGUUGUCUUUAAAACCAUAACUCAUUUCCCCUUGCCUCAGAAACUGUCUAUUGUCAGUUUUUACUGUUCCAUUGUAUUAAAACUGUUUUCAGAGGUUUAUUUAAUCUAAUCAUAUUUGGAACUUGACUGAAUAUGUUGCAGAUUUAUUUUUUCUUCACAACAAUACCUCAGCGUAUUUAUGUACAUCUGUAUAUCUGUAAUUGCCAUAAAAACAAUUUUGUGCUGAUUUUCUGUAACUCUGGUUUUAAACUGAAAUCUGUGUAUUAAUUUAUGGGACAUGUCUAAGCUUUGAUUAUAUUUCAUUUUUUUUUCUGCUGCUACAGCCAGAGAUGCCUCUCAAAUACACUAUUGGUUGCAAGUGAGAUACAGAAGUGAGGGAAUAGUUUAAGCAUUGAACUAUUUGCACCAUGAUGGUAAUCCUGUCAGAUGCUACUUCACAUAUUUUGAUGUUAGCAAUCCUUUGGUUUAAUCUUGUAAAUUACCUUUUGAACUUCCUCCUUUCUUAAAAAAAAGUUGGAACAAAAUUUAAAAGUCAUUUCUACAAUGGUAACCAAAUGAAUGCUAUAUGCAAGAUGUGACCUCAUGGUUGGUUUCCAUUUGGAAAUGUUAAUCUGCUAAUUUUUGAUGUCUGCAGUCAUAAAUUGUAGGUAGGGAGUUGUCCACCUUAUUUCUACCCAUCAACAUUUGUUUGAAGUGUGCCUUGAGUCAGGUCAUGUGCCAUGCCCCAUCAUUUAAUAGUCUGGUGACAGUCAUGGUCCAAACUCUAAUUUAAAGGGUGAUCACUCUGGGUAGCUAAUUAGAGAGUUUGAGUCAACUGUUCCUGUUUACUGUAGCAUGAUUUGCCACCUAUGGGAGAGGAGGGAGGAAAUUGGAGGACUCUAUAUCUUAUUACAUUAAUCACUUAAGGCAAGCUGCAACAUAAUUACUUCAUCCUGUGUAGUAUUUAUAUGUUUUCCCUUCAGUAAAAUUAGGUGACCAACUACAAGGGAGCAAAUAAUAUUUUUCCUAUUGUGGAUUAAAAUGUUUGUUAAUA